UGUCACACGAAAUCUCAUGAGACGAGUUAUAAUCAUAAUACUUACAGAACAUAACGCUGCGAUACAUAUUUUAAUCACGAUAUCGAUCGAUUAUUCAAACAAAUUAUUUUAAUAAUAUAUCAAAUCGUUUGUGAAGCAAAUAUUAUAAUUCUAUUGAUGUUGGUAUAGCAUGGAUCGAGUGUUCAAUCAUUUGCGGUACGUCCGGUGUCCAACAUGUUCCCGCGUCUUCUGUUGCACCAAACACCGGGUGGAACACGAGCGGCGCGUACAUGUCGCAGUUCCGGGAGGGCCGGUGAUCAGACGCCGUUUCCGGUCGUCGCAUGUUCUGCAGCAUCCAGGAAAACAGCAGACGGUCCAUGCCGGUGGUCACUCUUCCGGACGGAAGAGAUUGCACGGCGUGUCUAGCAUCUCGAACACGGCGCAGUCCAUCGGUAGCGGCCUGCGAUUGUUGGAGCAGCGUCAUCACCGCCGGGUCGAGGAGCUGCGUCGUACCGAGGAGCUGCGCUGCACCGAGGAACUUCGUAGGACUGAGGAACAGCGCUGGACCGUGGAACAGCGUGCAGCGAUGAUAGAGAUGUGCGCCAGGACCAUACUCAAAGCUCGUCGGUCCAGCCUGACGACCAUCAGGCACCUUCGCCCAGUGGCCGAGAGUAGUCCCGCGGUUCCGUUGCAGCAACCGUGUACGCCRCACGCCUCGUGUACGGACGUCGCACAGUCUGCGACCACGCCCGUCGAAUGGUCGGUAGUCGUUUCGUCGGUGGGUAGCCCGCCAAGUUUUUACCAGACACCGAUGCAGACACCAACGCAAAAUUUCCAGGACACGCCAUUGGAACAAAAGCUCYCUGACACGCCGUUACAAAAGCUCCCUGACAUGCCGUUGCAAACACUCUCAACCACACCGUUGCAAACGCUCUCAGACACACCCGUCAUCGGCAAACCACGGCGCAAUGGCAUAAGUGUUAAGCGGCCAUCGACAGACGACGGUUCGACGCAAAAAGGAUUUUUCUGGUCGAACAUGGCUCGUCGCUUCCGGUUGGCGCUGCGGCCCUCCAAACCCAAAGUCCACGAGAGUGACUACAGCCCAUCGCCUUCCGAAACAGAAAACGUAAGCUAUGCCAUGGUCAAUCCGUAUGGGAACAUAAAACCGAGGAAGCCAAUUUGCAACAACGACACGUUGUCAACACCCGUCCAUCCUAGGCCGUCGCUCGAGGCCAUACGUAAAGCCCACGAAGAAGCGAGCAAGGCUUUUAAUAGAUUUAUGACCGAUUAAAAAAUAUUGCUUGGUAAGUGCUACAGACAUACUUCACUUAGUGAUAGGUAUUUUUUAUUGUACACUACUAUAUAUAUAUAUAUUUUAUCUAUCGAUUUUUAUAAGCUUUUUUUA